CCCCCACUGGCAACACAUGCAUGUCUAUGAUAGGCGGUUACAGAUUUUCCUCACACAGUCUAGCCCAAAAGCAAAACCGACAACAACUCAAUGGUCCUUCAGCUGAAGAGGGUCUUUUUAUUUCCCAGGGAACUUUUACAUGGACAGCUCAGUUAAUUUUGAGCCCCCUUUUUUCCCCUCCUUCAUUGUAUAUUUUUUAACCACUGGUUUAUAUAUCUGGGAUUUUUUUCUAUAUAUAUUUUUUUGUUUAUUGCCUUAGUGGACAAUGACUUCCAGAAGGCCAAUGACUCGGUCAUUUUCUGGCAAUGGGAGAACCAGCAGCUUCAGUGAAGAGGAAGGCAGCUCUUCCAACGGCCGAUCCGAGAGCCGCAAUACUUAUCUGUCCAAUGUUCGGCCUGAAAACAGCUAUUCAAGGUAUUCUCACUACAGAUCAGCGAGGAGCACGUUGUGCAGUGUUAUGGCUCAGCUGACUGAGGACAUACAGCCAUCUUUUGAGACCACGCUGAAAUCCAAGGCUGUGUCAGAAAACUGCAAUGUGAAAUUCACCUGCGUUGUAUCAGGUUACCCAGCCCCUGAACUGAAAUGGUAUAAGGAUGACAUGGAAAUGGAUCGCUACUGUGGACUCCCUAAAUAUGAAAUCCACCGAAAUGGGAAAACUCACACUCUUCAUAUUUACAACUGUACAUUGGAUGAUGCAGCGAUCUACCAGGUUUCAGCCAGCAAUAGCAAAGGUAUCGUCUCCUGCUCUGGAGUUUUGGAGGUUGGCACCAUGAAUGAGUACAAGAUCCACCAGCGAUUCUUUGCUAAACUCAAGCAGAAAGCAGAGAAGAAGAAAAUGGACAUCGAGGAGAAAGGAAAGAAGGACAAUAAAGAAAAUAUUAAUAAAGAAGAGCAGCGACGUAGCCCAGAGCUUCCUUACAGGAAACGCUCUGUGCCACCACUGGAGGAGAAGCCAGUGGUGAACAACUCUGCCACAGCAGAGCAGCCCGGAGAUGUAGCUCAAUCAAAGGCACUUAUCACAGAGGGCAAAGAUGCAGGAGACAUCGCUUCUGUAAACAGUUCUUUGGAGAAGGAGGAGUCAGCAGAAACAUUGGCUAAAAAGAGAAUAAAGAUGUCAAAUGGUGUAGAUACUGGGGUAAACGGCAACAUUAGUAAAAGCCAUAUAAUGGGAAACGGAGGUGAAAAUUCAUAUGAUGGAGGAAUCAGUUUGGCUCAGUUUUUGGCAGAGACUAUUCAGUCCCAGUCUGGUGAGGAAAGUCAGGAGGAGAAAGCCAAAGAGACAAGCAUAGUUAUUUUAAGAGAUUAUCAGGGAAAUGAUACUGAGGAGAAGCUGGAAGAGCAGAAUGGGCAAGAAUGCAUAAGUGAGGAAAGGAGACAAGAGGAAAUAGUGAUGGACAAAGAAAAGAAAAAGGAAAACCAACCAGAGGUGGCACACACAACAACUUACAGCAGACUCCAGAAGCCCAGUGGUUCAGAAGUCAAACAAAACAGCAAGAGUCAAAAGGAUCAUGACCAGCAUAACAUUCAUGCCUCCAUAUCCUCAAUGCUGCACUCUGUUAAGGACUUCUUUUUUGGUAAGAGCAAGAAGGACUCGUACAGUGUCUCGCACAUGGACAAUGAAGAUGAAUAUUUUGACCACUCAACAGUUCUCCCUGAACCGGAUAUGCCUCCAUCAUUUCAGCUGCAAGUAGGGCAUAGUUCUGACAUCCUGGCAAAUGAUGAUGUAUCAAUGGAGACAGAUAAGGCAUCAGAACCCUCAGAAAUUGUGACGCAACAAGCUGCACCAGCAGAACCUAUUCAAUUUAACUGUGAAGACACAGGUCUAAUACAAGAUCAUAAGCUGAUUCCUGAGAUUGUGAAUGAAUCUGCAGGAAAGAGAAUAGAAGAGGUUAAUGAGACUGUGGAGGCCAUGGAGGAAUCGACAGAGGCAGAGAGGAGCAGUUCAGUGGAGAAAACAUCAUUGUCUGGGUUUCAAGUUCAUGCUGAGGAAGGAAAGAAAGACUCAGAAAUAGUUUCAGCCAUAAAAGAGGAGCUACCACAACAUCAGGGGACAGAUCACCCACUUGUUCUUCAAAAGCCUAAUCCAGAUUCUGGAAGAGAUUACUCUUUAUCUCAAAAAGAUAAAGAACUCUCCCUUCUACCCCCCCUUCUCAAGGUAGAAGAUUCCUGCACAUUACCUCAAAGUGUUAUCUCAUUAACAGAAAACCAUAACCCUGGAGUAGCACUUAUGGAAACUUUAGAAAAGGGGGAGCUCAGUGUUCUUAAUGUGGACAAAGAAACGCCUGAGAUUCAAGAGUAUCACUCCUCCCACAGGCCAUCUACAGAAGAGAAAGCUCAAGUGAAAUCAAACAAACAACCCUACUUGGAUGUAAACAAAUCUGAGAUUACAGAUAUAUCAGCCUAUUCUCCAGAAGACAGAAUCAAGCAGUGUGAAUCAGAAACACCGAAUAGGGUGCUGCCUGCUCUUCCUCCCAUGGUUGCGUACAGUGCAGAGAAAGACCAUCUAAAAGAAGAAGUCAAACCCGCUUCGCUUAUUCAGGAAGCUAAUGUUGCAUAUCCGUCCUCUGAAGCUCUACAAUGUUUAGAAAUGGGUGACCUAAAAAGUCUACAUGAACAAACCACUGUGGCUGAGAAAGUCGCAGAAGAUCACCAACGUAAAACCAUACCCAGUUUAAAUUUCCAGGGGACAUGUAAGGUGAAAGAGAAAUACAUUUCUGACUCACAGGAUGAUGUGAAAAUGAAUUGGUGCAACAGCCUAAAAACACAAGAGCAAUUGUCUCUACAAGUUGAUAAUAGCUCCUGUUCACAGCUAGAGUCAAUAAAAGACACAAGAAUGGAUCACGAAGAGUUGAGCGAACCUAAGACACUUGUAGUAACAGAAGACAAUGCAAAUAACUCUUAUUUUCUAGAGGAACACAGUGAAACUUCUCAUGGAAAAAGCAAUGACUUAGGUUGGAGUGCUGACCAUGAUUGUAGUACAGUAAAUAUCCCAUCAAUCCAAAUAUCUACCACUGAGGACAUCCCAGAUAUCAGACUGCCUGUGCCAGAAGUGAACAAGAGUGAAGAAUUUAUAAUUCCAAUCAUCAAUAAAAUGGAACCUGGUCUGAAAGAGUGCACUCUGCCUCUAAGUAUUUUGGCUCAAAAUAAGCUGGGCUUAAAUGAUUUGCAAAACCAUGAUGCAACUCAUGAGUCAAAGACAAGAAUCCAAGAAGAGAGAGUGACUGAUUUCCCAGACAUAGUCCCCACGCAGAAAGGAAUGCAGCAUACCGAUGACCUCUCACCUACAGAAAAGUUAAAGGGAGUUACUCAAGAAAUGUACGAACACCAAAGCAGUGCACAGCUCCCUCUCAUGGAAUAUGCUUCAAUUCCUGUUAUAAAUGUCUCCUGUAGUGAUGAUCUGGAGAGUAAUACAUUGGGUAUCAGCAGUGGUUGUGGGACAGAAAAGGCUUUGGAAAUUCAAACAGAGAGUCUGUUUGUGGUUCCACCAAUAUCAGUCUCUUGUCAUGAAAGCGAAGCUGAGCUUAAACCGCCUGCUCCCACCAAGAAGACAGAAACCGAAACUUCAGCUAGCACGCCAAGGGGAACAAAGCAAGGUGUAACUGAAAAUCUGAGCGAGAAACCUGAAAUACCUAAAAGAAAAAAAGAUUUAAAGGAAAUCUCUGAUAAAAGCCUGAAAGAAUGCACACAAAGUAUGGUUAGUGAAACUCCAAUGUCAAAAGUUGGUGGCAGUAUGCCAACUUUCAGUAAACCAACAGAUGACAAUAUUGUUCCUGAAUCGCCGAAGCAAAAGUCCCCAAAAGACACCAAAAGAGAGAGUUCUGUUGAGGAUUUUCUAAAAAACAGACCAUCUGUGGAAAGACUAAGCUCCAAGCCCCCAACAUACCCAUCUUUAAGUCCAUCCAGUCUACGCAAAUUUAUGUCCAAAGCAGCCCCAGAGUUGGACAACGAGCCUACAGCCAACGUCCCUGCAAUCUCUGUGGAAGAUCGACAAAGUGACAAGGUAGAUGAAGAUUUCAGUGGGGGGUCGACGCCAACAUCAUCUCUCUCCUGUGAGAGCAGCCCCCGGCUCAAGCGCCGGGACAGCCUGACACUUAUACGUUCUGCCACUCCUGAGGAGUUGGCCUCUGGAGCUCGGCGCAAAAUCUUUAUCCCAAAAAGAGAAGAAGAAUUGGAGGGAGCAGUGUUUAGUGUGCUAGAGGGCAAGAAGGAAAGCCCCUAUAUGUCACCAAGCCAGGCUCGCAGAGCUGCGUUGCUACAAGCCUCCACGGGACAGAAGACCCCACCAAUGGAGAGGCGCUCUCCACUGAUGAGUCGCAGAAAGGCUACAUUGGAAGUGCCAAAGGUUGUGGAAGAGACUCCCACCAUAGAACCAACCAGCAGCACUAAGGUAGAGGAAAAGCCAGCUGGAAAGAAGACAGAUCCUUUGAAAGCUCCCCAAGUAAUCCGCAAGAUCAGAGGAGAGCCCUUCCCAGAUGCUUCUGGACACCUGAAGCUGUGGUGUCAGUUCUUUAAUGUGCUCAGUGACUCCACCAUUAAGUGGUUCAAGGAUGAGGAAGAAAUAUUAGAGAUGAAGAGAAGUGGAGGAGAUGAAAGCCAAGUAGCUCUGGCAGUUGUGCAUGCAUCAAGCCAAGACUGUGGAGUAUAUGGGUGUUCAAUCAGUAAUGAAUAUGGGACAGACACAACUGACUUUUUGCUCAGUGAAGAAAUUCUGUCUGAAUUCUUACUCAAGGAGGACUUGGAAGUUGGAGAGGAGAUUGAGAUGACCCCACUGGUGUUUACCAAAGGCUUGGCAGACAGUGGCACUUGGGGGGAAAAGUACUUUGGUCGCAUUUUCACCGAGACUGUCCACAUCGGGGAGGGCUGCACUCACAAAGCCAGCAGGGUGAAGGUUAUCUACGGCCUGGAUCCCAUCUUUGAGUCCGGAAGCACCUGUAUCAUUAAAGUUCGAAAUCCCAUCGCUUACGGGACCAAACAGGACAGCACCCUUGCAGAGAGAAAUUUGGACAUUGCAAAGCAAGAGUGUAAAGUCCAAGACAUGAUCCGAGAAUACUGUAAAAUAUUUGCAGCUGAAGCAAGAGUAAAUGAAAACUUCGGCUUUUCAUUAGAAGUUAUCCCUCGGUAUCUAAUUCACCGCCCUGCAAACUCUGUGCCAUAUGCCACAGUGGAGACUGACCUUACAGGAGACUUUGGGAAAUAUUGUACCAUAGACCUCAAAGGCAAGCUGUUUUCACAAAACAUUUCAGAGCUGGAUCAGAAAUGCUGCACCUUCCAGCACUGGAUCCAUCAGUGGACACAUGGAAAUUUGCUGGUCACUCAACUGGAAGGUGUUGAAACAAAAAUUACAAAUAUUAAAGUUGCCACCAAGUCGAAAGGAUAUCAAGGACUAACAGAAUGUGGCUCCCCGGAAGUAUUUGAUCAGUUUGUGAUGCAUCAUCAAUGCAACUACUACUGUGGACUUCUUGGGCUUCGGGCGCUCAAAACUGAUCUGCAACAACCGGCCAAGAUAAAGGGCUCCAGAAGCCCCCUGCUCAACCGAAAGCUAGGCUCCAACAGCCCACAGUUGCAGAAAAAAGGGCAAAGCCCACAGGUGUCUAGAAAGACCAACGUUAGCCCAAAAAUAGCCAGAAAAGCUCAAGAAACGGAUAACAGUAACUACGACGAGAAAGAAAAGACCACACAAGGUCUUUUCUGAAGUAGGAACUAAGACUUUAAUUUGAUUCCAUCUUGAUGAAUCAUGAGAUAUGCGAUCCGUUUCUAGUUCCAAGCUUAAAAAGACAAGGACCUUAAAGAGUAAAGGCUCAGCACAUCAAAAGUUAUUCAAACCUGCUUGUGAAGAAAAUUGGGAAUCCCCUAAAUAUCUCAACUCUGAAGAUAUUCCUUUCCUUUAUUUCAUAAGUCAAAGGUACAAUACAACUCAAUCUUUUUCUGUUAAGGAUUUCAAGGAAACUAUUGUAACCAUUAAAGUAAAGGUUUUUCAGACAGUUUCCCAAGAGUCUUAGAUUCUUAGUGAGUGGAAAGAACAGUGUCUCCAAGCAAACUCUGCCAAAUAACACAAAGGAGAAAUCAGCAAAAGGUAUUUGAAAUUGAAAGUCUAAAUUGUACUGUACCAGAUUGCAGCCACUGAAUGUGUUUGUAUUAUUACUGAGUGUGUACAUCUGUGAUGUAGAUUAUAUAUAUAAAUAUAUAAAAACAAAUAUUAGUACACCUAAAACUGCCAUUGUAUCUCGUUUAAUUUUUUUACACACCAAAGUCCAACACAUGCUGUGGAAAAGCAGCAUUACAUUAAAGGUUUCAUUGCGCACUUUGCUUUUGGCUUUACAAUUACUAUAUAUAUGUAUAUAUAUAUAGUCUAUUACAAGUGAGUAUGUUUUGUCACUUUUUGCAGAAUUUCAGGUCAUGUUUUUGUAAAUUGAUCUGCAAAUUUAAUAUGUUUGAAUGUAACACAAUCCCAGUGAAUGUUUAGAAAAUCAUAUUCUUCACGUUUAUGAGAGCUGCUGUGAAAGAUUUAUGAAAUGUGUUGCAAUAAAUCCACAUUUCAUUGAGACAGCCAAAUUGUUUGAACAAAAUCCCUGGUAUGAUGGUGCAUACCAGGGAUGCACCAAUAUACAGAAUUUAUCAAUUUUUACAGAUCAUUAUCUGUUGUGCCAAUCCUUAACUUGUGAACUGUAGCUGAAUAAUAAAGUAGCAACAAAAUAGCAGGAAUUUUAAGAACCCUUUGAUUCCUAUUCCUGUAUUUUAUUUCAAACAAUAAGCUUGAGUAGAAAAUGAAAGAAAUUUGGCCAGUUUUUAUCAAAAGCCUUUUCUUUAGAGUUGACAUAAAAAUUAGAAAUGUUCAGGAAUUUCUGGAAUGGGUUCAGUGCUAAUGAUUAAUGAAGUUUAUAUUUCAAAGUAUUUCUUCAUACUGCAUGAAUCUGUAAUGCUGCCAUAAAGCACAACAACUGGGGAAAUGUUUUAAAUGAGGUAAAUGAUUGUUUUUAAAGUGUACAUAUAAAGGAAAAAACAUCUGUGUGAAGAAAAGUUAAAUAUUCUUGAGGGGAAAGAUGUAGAAAACUGACUGCACUGAGUGCUUUCUUAGGUAUCUUACAGAAUGUCAGCUGAUGUAUUUUUUUUAUUUUUUAAAUAAAUGCAUAAAAUCAAAUCCAA